CUCAAGCCACAGCCAUGCGCUUGACUUCUUGUCCAUCUUGGCCAGGGCCGUUUUCUUUCUUCUUCUCAUCUUUCUCUUCCAUGUAGAUGUGCCAUGUCUCGUCCUCAGGUUAGCAUCGACCGUCUCACGCCCCGCCGUGCGACGGUCGAGCCGCGCGAAACUAUGAACUGCAAAUCAUGUCGCAAGCGCAAGAUCAAAUGUAAUCGCAUGCGACCGAGCUGCGAGGCAUGUAAGGUCUUCCAGUGCCCAUGUCUUUAUGAUGCCGUCCCAAAAAAACGGGGCCCCAAGACAGAUGUGUUAGAAGCUCUUCUCAAGCGGGUUGAUGGGUUGGAGAAACGACUCCAUGAUGAAAAGAACCCUAUUUCGCCCACUUCACCCGAUACACCGGACGAUCCGCCGAGCUUUCCCACCCGUCGGAACACCAUCGACACUUCCUUUAGUAUUUACUCUUCAAGCGAUCGAUCGGCUCUGUCAACUUCGUUCUCGCAGAAUGUGGAUCCCUUCUCUAGGCCGACCGGCCACCCAGCAAGUCUUCUCCAGCAGCCCUCUCCGACAACCAACGGACCCCUAUCGGAUGCGAUCCUCGAUAUUUACUUUGAGCGAUUGCACGGUAAGCCAUUUUAUAUAUUAGACAAGGCGACAACGCAACAUAGCCAUCAACUGAACCAAUUGCCUCCAUCCUUGGCCAUGGCUAUCUCAGCAUUGACAGUAAGAUACACAACCUUGCCUGGUCAAGUGGAGCAGUCACUUCGUACCGGAAUGGAUGCGGCGCUACAGGCAAGACGCAUGAUUGACGUCGACAAUCCCACAGUAGAAGGACUACAAACUCUAUUGUUACUUUCGCAAGCCUUCUAUGCUUAUGGUUUGGGGAAGAAAGCUUAUAUGACAUUCUCAAAUUGCGUGGCCAUGAUCGUCGCUCUGGAUUUGUACCGCGAGGCUUCCUCUAAGUCCAAUAUCACGAUUGCUGAGCGAGAAAUGAGACGUCGGCUAUUCUGGUCUGUUUACUUGAUGGACAGAUUUAUUAACUGUGGAUCCCGACGUCCAUGCCUAAUUGCCGAUCAUUCGGUUGUUCUGCGCCUACCGUCUUGGUCACCACAUGCAGCCGGUCUGAACAUGGAGGGGGAGCUCUUCCAUGUCGGCCCGAACAUUCAAUAUUCCGCUGAUUCCCGGCGCAAAUCACCAAGUGCUGCAUCUUUGCUAAUUGACAUCACGCGUAUUCUUGGUGUCACCAAUAAGUACCUGGCAGCCGGCGGAGUGAAAGGCGACUCCCACUUUCCAUGGCAUGCGCUCUCUAAUUUAUCUAAGAUCCGACAAGAAUUAGAUAUCUGGGCGGCCGGUACGCAGGACGUCUUUGCGUCGAUCGAUGCAUUGUUCGGCCACCCCGAGAGUACAACACUUUUGCUGAGCAAGUUGAUAUACCAUUUGGUGCACUGUUUGAUCUACCGCCCGUUCCUACCCAUUGACCUGGUAGAGCUCCGAGGUACGGGGCAACAUCAGUCCUGGCAAAUCGAGGCGACAAACCUAUGUUUUUCGCACUCCAAUGCCAUCGCAGAGCUCGUUGAACUGGGCCGUAAUUCUCCACUGAUUGAGUGGCCUGCUUUUGUCGGCUAUUGUGUGUGCACAGCGGGGACUGUGCAUGUUCACGGUGUGCACUACAAGGGCCGUGAAGGAGAGGUUUUCUCUUCCAGUGCCGAAUUCCUGACUCGGGAGAUGCACCAGCUCGUUUGGUUGCGCAAUAUUUGGACUGGCGCACAGCAUCAGCGUGAGCUGCUCCAGACCAUAUAUACGUGUCACUCCGAACUGGUGCGCAAUCUUGCUAGUAGCCCAAUGCGCUUCUCGCCAGUCUUCCAUCUUGAGGACUUUCUCGACCGAUAUCCCGGUCUGAUGUUAGAUGGAUCACACGUUCGGCUUAUGGAUGCGGGGGAUGAACUGGCUCCAAGUACUUCAAACUUCAUCGAUCGUCAAGAUCACUACUACCAACGACCAAUCGCCGCACCCUCGUAUCAGAAUGCUUCAUCCUACUUCUCAAAUACGCGGCCUGGACCCUCCAGUCCACUACCAUCCACCCAGAACUUAGAUAUCGACCGUCGCCACCCCCAUUCCCAUUCUCUGUCCCAGAAACCCUCUCACCCGGCUUCCCUCUCGCCAACCCUACAAUUCCAAGCGAUCUCAAAUAAUCACCACCAACAAUCACCAUCCUUGCCCUCCAUAUUCUCCCUCCCAACCGGAACAGAUCUAUCUGGCGCCGGCACAGCAGAAACCUCUCACCUCUCCAUCCCAGGCUUCUCCCCCUCGGCCUUUGGCAUCUCACCGCCAGCCUUUCUCACCGAUUCCGCCAUGAACAACAUAGCACCAACACCGCCCCCAAAUCCCCAAUAUGCAACCUUCCCCUUUGACACCGCGAACACAAACCUAAACGGAAUGGCACAGUCGGGCCCCACCGCACUGACGCCAGGUGCCCAGUCCCAAACUAGUGCCACCCACACCACAACUGGCAGCGAGGGCGCAUCUGAAAAAGAUCCCUUCCUGAGCUUGCUGGAACAGCUCGCUGAAAAUGAGAACUCGCAGGGCGGGCCUAGUGAGCUCGAGUUCUUUUUGACGGGUACCGGUGCUGUCGAAAGUGAUACGGAGAUCCCUCUUGAGAAAGCUGGUGCCUCGUAG